UUCAGGGACUCCGGAAAAAUAAGUGGCCCUGCUCAGUUGCUCUGUACCCGCACCUGCUAAACUAAAGCCCACCUCCUGCGCUCGUUUGGUUAGCAGGCUUCCUUCACACGCCCUACCUCCUGCGCUCCCCUGUUUGUUCAGUGUUCACGCAAGCCGCCGCCUCGUCCUCCACCUCAGCUUGUCACUGUCUGACCUUCCCCUCGUCCUCAAGCCCGCAAGCUGCUACACGCUUCUUCCAGCAGCAACAGGAUGGGAAAAUGGCCAUAUAGCAGCGGCCAAAAAGACGAGAACUGCAGCCUUCCCGGCCAUGGUCCGUGGAAGACCAACUGCGGGGGGCAAAGUCAGAGGCGAUGAGUCAGGCGACGGUGUGUCUCUUUCUCCUCCAUCUCUAGUUCUCUACCAUCUUCCCCUCCUUAGUCCUUAGCCCACCCUAGUGACCGAGAGGCGUUUCGGGUCGCGUCCCCGCCGUCGACCCAGCUCGCCCCCGACCCUCCUCCGUGGGACGCGGUACCGAGUCGCGUUCCCGGCUUCUUGUCGGUAGAGGAUACUCCUAGUAUGUCACAAUAUUUUGUAUCUACCCGCGGUCCACGAAAUGAUGUGGUGGACUCCGGAUUGGAAGUUUUGGGACUGCCGAAGCUGACAAACACCGGCCAACAGCCCCCUGAUGUACCCAUUUUGGUUGUUAUAAUUCAACUAUCCAACCAGCCAAUCAGGAUCAGCCCAACAUUUAUUUAGGGCAAAAGGACUAUUUGUUUCGGUUUUAGGAAAAAAGUGAUCCUUAAAUUGAGACGAUGCUACUCCGUAGUGGAGUACAUUACAAGGGUUUUGGUCACAACAAAAUCUUGCUUCUCUUAUGUGAAGCUGGCAUGCACUAGCCCAUAAACAUUACAAAGAGAAAACAGGAGAAGAGAAGCCAUGGGAGGUGACGACCUUCAGACAGAGCUGCUACUCGAGAGGCUCCCGGUCCCGGAGUCUUCUUACAGUUCAUCCGGGGAGCAUCUGGUCAAGAGAACUGGCACGGUAUGGACAGCGAUGGCACACAUCAUCACGGCGGUGAUAGGCUCCGGCGUGCUGUCUCUGGCAUGGAGCGUGGCGCAGCUUGGUUGGGUUGGGGGGCCGACAGCCAUGGUGUUCUUUGCCGGGGUGAUAGUCAUCCAGUCCUCGAUGCUCACCGACUGCUACAUUUCUCAUGACUCGGAGCGUGGCAGCGGCGUCAGGAACAGGUCCUACAUGAAUGCCGUGAAAUUCUACCUAGGUGAGAAGAGCCAGAUAUUUUGCGGCCUUUUCCUUUGCUUCAGCUUGUUUGGGAGCGGAGUGGUGUACACUCUUACCUCUGCCACUAGUAUGAGGGCGAUUUAUAAAGCGGACUGCUACCACAAGGAAGGCCAAGACACCCCAUGCUCCGCCGCUGCCAGGGGAGACAGCUACUACAUGCUCCUGUUCGGCCUCGCUCAGGGAGUGCUAUCGCAGAUACCGGAUUUCCACAACAUGGCAUGGCUCUCCGUCUUUUCCGCCGUCAUGUCCUUCUCUUACUCCUUCAUCGGCUUUGGCCUCGGUGCUGCCGAAGUGAUCGAAAAUGGAGUGAUCAAGGGGGGAAUUGGAGGCGUUCCCCUUGUAUUCCGGAUGCAGAAGGUGUGGCGCGUUGCCCAGGCCCUCGGGGACAUCGCAUUCGCCUACCCUUUCACCUUGGUCCUUCUAGAAAUAGAGGAUACACUGAGGUCGCCGCCGCCACAGAGCAAGACGAUGAAGACGGCGUCAAGAGCCAGCAUGGCAAUCACCACCUUCUUGUACCUCGGUUGCGGCUGUUUCGGUUAUGCGGCGUUUGGCGAUGACACACCGGGGAACCUCCUCACAGGCUUCGGCUUCUAUGAGCCCUACUGGCUUGUCGACCUCGCAAACCUCUGUGUUGUCCUCCAUCUCCUCGGUGGCUACCAGAUGUACACGCAGCCAGUGUUCGCGCUCGUGGAGCAGCGGUUUGGUGCUGAGGCCUGUGACGUCGACGUGGAGCUUCCGCUGCUCGGCCGGUGCCGUGUGAACUUGUUCAGGCUGUGCUUCCGCACAGUGUAUGUGGCGGCGACAACAGCACUGGCCGUGUUGUUCCCGUAUUUCAACCAGGUUAUCGGGCUUCGCGGUGCCUUCACCUUCUGGACGCUGUCCAUCUACUUCCCUGUCGAGAUGUACCUCGUGCAGGCCAAGGUGGCAUCGUGGACAAGGCGGUGGCUUGCCAUCGAGCUCUUCAGCCUCACCUGCCUGCUCAUCUGCACCUUCGCCUUCAUUGGCUCUGCUGUGGGGGUGUUUGGCUCCGAGAGAAGCUAGUGACCUCUGCAAAAAAAAAAAGAAGUGGUUUCAUGUACAUAUAUGCAGUUCACUUAAUUUUAUUCAGGUGGGGACUUCAGCAACAUGAUUCUUUAGAUAGGUAGCAUCAGGUUUUGCUCUGGUUAGCAAGAAGAUUUGUACAAAUUUUCAUCUACGCUUUCUACAUUUUUGUGAUAUUCUAUUAUGCUUUGCUUGCUUUGGGCAUUUGUGAGCAACCUUUUUGUUGUUGGUAGUUGGUACACUUGCAUGAAACUGGCCAGUUGGAUUGAAGUUUCUGGUGUUGGGUGUUUUGGAACUGAAGUUUAAA